UGUCUUCUUGGAUCUCUUUGCGCUUUGCGCUUUGACUUCGUUUUGGUUGACAGCUUUGGUUUUGACUUUGACAACGGUUCUCACAACUUGCUGGUAACCAUUUCGACCACAAAAGCAGACCAGUAAACGCAAUCACCAUGAACCAAUCACUGCGAUUCUACCUGGCCGAUCUCGUUGGAGACGCACGGCAACUCAUCAUUACUACGGACAAUGCAAGGAUACCAAGGGAGCUCAGCGGCGGUGACCAUAGUGUUGGGGGAGAUGAAUCCACUUUUAGUGGAUACUCGGGGUACUCCUCGCUGAUGGAUGCCAGUACCGAAUCGAUGGGGUCUAGUAGCUCUCGAUGGGAUAGCGAAGCCGGACCUGAAACUACCAAGGAAAAGAAGAGUCGAAGACCGAGGCUCCCCUCAAGACGCUCCGACUCUUCGCCUCCGUCGUCGCCCACAACAGAGGCUAGAAUAACACGCCGUGUCAACACCAAGAACGCAUCACCUGCAACUCGAAAGCGAAUAGCAGAGUGCUUUGACCAAGUUGAUGACGCGGAGAUGGUAGAUUGCUGCCGAAGAGCAUCACUAUCGGAUGAUCGCAUGUGCCUUGCAGAUGCAGCCGCUCAGGGAAUGCUGAGGAAGCCUCAGAGACAGCUGAGCGGGAACGGAAGAUCCCGCAGUUCCGAGAAGCAACGACAGCCUCGACGAAAGAGAGGCGAAGACCAGUCCAAGCGUAAUGUCAGUGCAAUCCUUGGGGAAGCGAUACGUGAGUUGGGGAUGGAGGGAGCUGUGCAACGUGAUAUCCCGCUGCCUGCUCUCAGCAAGCAAUAAGAAGAUGCACACGCUAUUCACCAUCCUAGCAUAGAAAAAGAGCAACCACUAUAGUUUUCCCAAUUUUUAUUCAU